AUGGUUUUUCACUUGUACUCUGACACUGAAUAUGUGAAUUUUUACAGGGACGCCCUGAAUAUGUUGAAGCUAAAAGGUACCAUGACACCGUCCAGGACAGCAGCUAGUGCCCCUGUGCAACCUCCUGUGAAGGGCAGUGAAGUAGCAACAAGCGCACCUGGAUAUGCCCGGCCCUUCACACCACCAGUCUCCAUUCCAGGACAGCCGUUAGCUCCGGGCACAUUUACAGAAAUCCCAGCAAGCAACAUUCGGCAAGUUAUUGCACGGAGACUAACAGAAUCCAAGACCACAAUCCCUCACUCAUAUGCUAGUAUUGACUGUAACAUUGACCAAAUCUUGAAGCUGAGGAAGCAGCUCGCCAAAGAGGAUAUUUGAGUUAGAAUCGGAAGUUUUCUUGACAGGCAAGGUGCUGGAACUCUGGAGCAAAUGCCGGAUGUGAAUUCCACCUGGAGCAAUGAGGGCCCUCAUCAGCUCAGCUCCAUCGACAUCUCAGUGGCUGUAGCCACGGAUCGUGGUCUGGUUACACCAAUCGUCCGAGAUGCUGCCACCAAGGGAAUAGAAGAAAUUUCCACGGUGGUCAAGACACUUGCAAAGAAAGCAAAAGCAGGAAAGCUGUUACCGGAGGAAUAUCAGGGAGGAUCUUUCAGCAUCUCCAAUUUGGGAAUGUUUGGAAUCAGCGGCUUCAGUGCUGUCAUUAACCCACCUCAAGCUUGUAUCCUGGCCAUUGGGCAGUCCCGCCAUGAUCUGACCAUUUCCGAAGAUGACAAAGGCAACCACAAACUCUGCCGGAAAGACAUGAUGACAGUCACCCUGUCUAGCGAUGGCCGGGUGGUGAAUGAUGAGCUUGCGUCUCAGUUUUUGGAGAGCUUCAAGCUUAACCUCGAGAAUCCAAAAUUAUUAGCUGUGCUCUAGGCUGCAGUCUGGACUUCACCAUACAAAGGAUUAGGGAUAUUACGUGGAAGACAUUACAGAGUGUUCCUAUAAUGGAGUUUAUUUUAUUUUUAGUCUUGUGACAAUGCAGGUGAAUCCCUAUCCUGCCUUUACCUAUGUGUAAGGCCAAAUAAAAUAACUUUGUUAUUUAUUUCAA